GGAGCAUGGCAAAGCGCCUCAACCAGAUUGGGGUGGAGAACACGGAGGAGAACCGCCGGCUGUACCGCCAGAUCCUCUUCAGCGCCGACAGCAGGGUGAAGAAAUGCAUUGGGGGGGUCAUCUUCUUCCACGAGACCAUGUACCAGAAGGCUGAUGACGGCACCCCCUUCGUCCAGAUGAUCAAGGACAAGGGCAUCGUCGUGGGCAUUAAGGUGGACAAGGGUGUUGUGCCGCUGGCUGGGACGGAUGGCGAGACCACCACGCAGGGUCUGGAUGGGCUGUGGGAACGCUGUGCCCAGUACAAGAAGGAUGGGGCUGACUUUGCCAAGUGGCGCUGCGUGCUGAAGAUCAGCGAGAACACCCCCUCCGCACUUGCCAUCAUGGAGAACGCCAACGUCCUGGCACGCUAUGCCAGCAUCUGCCAGCAAAACGGCAUUGUGCCCAUCGUGGAGCCAGAGAUCUUGCCUGAUGGUGACCACGACCUGAAGCGCUGCCAGUAUGUGACAGAGAAGGUGCUGGCAGCUGUCUACAAGGCACUGAGCGACCACCAUGUCUACCUGGAGGGCACCCUGCUGAAGCCCAACAUGGUGACCCCUGGGCACUCCUGCCCCACCAAGUACAGCCCCGAGGAGAUUGCCAUGGCCACUGUCACCGCUCUGCGCCGCACUGUGCCCCCAGCUGUGCCAGGUGUCACCUUCCUGUCUGGGGGUCAGAGUGAGGAGGAGGCUUCCAUCAACCUCAACGCUAUCAACACGUGCCCGCUGAUGCGGCCAUGGGCCCUCACCUUCUCCUAUGGGCGGGCGCUGCAGGCAUCGGCGCUCAGCGCCUGGCGUGGGCAGAGGGACAAUGCCACCGCUGCCACUGAGGAGUUCGUCAAGCGUGCAGAGGUGAAUGGGCUGGCGGCACUGGGCAAGUACGAGGGCAGCGGGGACGACUCGGGGGCCGCCG